AUGGGAUUGAGGCAGGAUUUUUUCAAGAUUCCUAAGAGGGGGGCACAAGACCUGAAGAAGAGGAAAGGUCUGGUCGAUUGCAGCCUGGAUGACAGACUUUCAUGGUCAGAAGAUCGCUAUCGAAGAGGUUACGGGUCUCUUUACGGGACGUCGCCGAAGUCGGUGGUGGCUGAGACGUUGCGGGUCCUGGACAUUGCCGGUGAGGCUGAGAGGAGGACUCUCACAAUAAACGGAGCUCUUGGCCGGCAGAUAAAAGUUGGCGUCAAUGUUGCUAAGAUUGCGGUGCAGCGUCUUGUCUCGGACAUUGACAAGAGAUCGGGGCCUUCGGACGAGAUUAGGGCCAAUAAUCUGGCCCUGGAGAGGGAGAUUAUAAGACUUCGCAGGGAGAUGGACUUACUGCGUCGCGUGAGAGACUCCCUGAGGGAUCAGGUUGAGUCCCUUAGGCGCACGGUGCAGAUAAUGAGGGAUGGGGACCGCGGUAGAGAUCUUACUCCUUCUUUGGACGAGAUCAUCCUUGUAUGUGACUCCCCUAUUUCGCGCCGCUCUCGGGGACGCUCUUUGCGACGUCGGGACCCUGUCGUGGACGAAGCGGGGCGGGAGACUGGAUUUCCAAAUAGGUCUCCGGUAUAUAGGUCUCUUGGUGAGACUCGCAAAAAGUUGGAGGAUGUGCCUCCUCGACCCACCAAAGUUGACAGACGUAUCAUUCAGGACGUAUCAUUAUGGUGGGCUCGUUGCGGAUCGCUUCGGAUGAUUGUGGUGAUUCGCGAGUGGACAAGGGGACUGUGCGCGGAGGAAGUGAGACUGUAUCAACGGGCGCUCAGCGAGUGGAGCUUCCGUCGCCUUUGCCGACGUAUCCCGUGGAUGGCGAGGCAUGGAUGGAGGCAGACUCCAAGCGUGCACGUAAAAAAGCCAGGAAGAAGAAAAGAAAGAAAGCUGAGGUUCCCAGUGCGAAAGCUGGAAAUAGGACUGAAUUGGCCGAAAGGAUGCGGAUGUAUCCUGCCCUACAGUACGGGGUCCGAAGGUAAUGCCGAGCCACCCUGUCAUGAGGGAGUCUCGUUUUCGAGCCCCAAAGACGGCGGCUGUACUCUUGAGAUGUGCGGAGACGGGGGACAAUUCCGGUCGUCAUAUGCGGAUGUAGUGAGGUUGGCGAGAGGGAAGAUUUCCCUGGAAGAACUGAAUAUCGCCAACACACGGAUCCGGAAAGCGCAGGCGGGUGGCCUCCUCAUCGAGAUCCCCAGAGGCGAGGAGGCGGAUGCCAAGGCAGAGGCGCUCGUGGAUCGUCUCAAGGCGAUGCUGGCGGAGAGUGAGGACAGGAUAAGUGUGGUGCGCCCUGUUUAUCGCGCGGAGGUCAGACUGAUCGACGUGGAUCAGUCUGUCUCUGCAGAGGAGGUGGUCAAGGCGGUAGCUACCAUCGGGGAAGUCCCUGCCACAGACAUUAGGACUGGUCCUUUUAGGCCAGGGCGUGGGGGUCUUAACAUAGUGUGGGUGCAAUGUCCCCUGGCGUGUGCCAAUAGAUUGAUAAAGGCUGGACGCAUUAGACUCGGUUGGUCCUCCGCUGGUAUUGUGCCCCUAGCGAAGCGGAGACUUCAAUGUUUCCGGUGUUUGGCGGUGGGACACACCAAGGUGAACUACCAGAAUGGGGUGGAUCGCUCCACCUGGUAUUUUCAGUGUGGCGGGAACGAUGGGCAUAGGGCCGCCGGUUGCCGGCUGCCCCCGCAUUGUCCAGUCAGUGCGGCCAGAGGACUCGCGGCGGGACAUCGCGCUGGAGCGACGGAGUGCGUGCCCUUCAAUGGUCGUGAACAAGUGCUAGCAAAUGACUCAAACGUAAGCAAUGUGGCGGGCACAUCCACUGGGGUCGAUCGGGGAACUUCGGUUCUUGCGGAUGAGGUGUCGGUCAUGGAUACGGUCGAUGGCUAGAUUGGCUCAGAUCAAUAUCAAUCGAUCGAGACCCUCGCAGGACCUAAUUGCUAGGAUCUGCGAGGAGUUUGAUCUAGUUGCGGCGAAUCGCGUUCCUGAUGACGAACACUGGUUGGCCUCCACGGACACUCCUCCUUCGGCCGCUGUCACCUGUCAGUGGAGUCGUUCGAGGGUGCCGUGCUUUCCUCGAUGGAGAGGUAAGCGGUUUGCAGCGGAUUGGACUGGGGGGAUCGUCGUAUCAUGCUACUUUCCUCCUAG